AUGCAUUACAAUGGCCCUUCUGUUUGCAAGAUUAACGCUGUACUGCUUAGGCGGUACAACGACACUUCCUACUCACAUUGUAAACAUGCAUCUUUUAUAAAUGGAAUAACAGUUAUAUUGAUGCAUUGUUAUAAUUAA